CGAGAGUACCUUGUUUUUUAACCUUUCCUCCGAUUCAGAAAGUAAAACUCUGCUCUCGGCAGCUCACCCUGGGGUCCCUGUUUACUCUGACACUAUCCCCCAGGCUGCCGCUGACUUUCCACAGGUGGUAGGCUUUGGGCAACAGACUCUUCAAGGACCCAGGUGGGUCCCGCUUCCAGCUCCCUUGGCUCAAGACUUUUGUAGAUGAGGCCCACCGACCUGAGCCCUGGAAAUCCAAGCCUAAGCCAGGCACCAAGAUCCUCGGGGAAGAGGUCGUAGGUCCUCUCCACCCCCAGCCUGGACUGCUGAUCUGUCUUUAUGGGGAAGUAUGACUGCCCAGGCCCAUGGAGCCUCACAUGAUCCAAGGGGAGGUGACUCUGGGAUACUCAGUGGAGAGACUUCAUCACCCUCAUCAUGAUCAACUUACCAGCCCUGCUCUAAGUCCCUCCCUAGCUCCUGCUUCCUCCCUCCCACAGAAUAAAACCAUAGGGAGCUAGAGUUCCUGAAGCCAUCUGCAGCUUGCCUGCCCUAGGCUCAAGGGGCCAGCAUGAUUGGGGGACUACCCAGAAUGGAGUCAACGCUGCUAUUAGCCCUCUUCCUGCAAGGGGCCCUAACACUGUCACUGACAGACAAUAAGGUUCCUACCUUGCGCUUUGUGGCUGUGGGAGACUGGGGAGGGGUCCCUAAUGCCCCAUUCUACACAGCUCGAGAGAUGGCAAAUGCGAAGGAAAUCGGGAGGACAGUGGAAACCCUGGGAGCCAAUUUCAUCCUGUCCCUUGGAGACAACUUCUACUUCAAUGGAGUUUACAACGCCGAUGACAAACGAUUCCAGGAAACUUUUGAGGAAGUUUUCACAGCUCCCUCCCUUCAAAAUGUUCCCUGGUAUGUGCUAGCUGGAAACCACGACCACCUGGGGAAUGUUUCAGCUCAGAUUGCUUACUCCAAAGUCUCUAAGCGCUGGAAUUUCCCCAGCCUUUAUUACCGCCUCAGAUUCAAAAUCCCCAAAACUAAUGUAAGUGUGGCUAUUUUUAUGCUGGACACUGUGACACUGUGUGGGAAUUCAGAUGACUUCCUGAGCCAACAGCCUGAAAGACCCAAGGAUUUGAAACUGGCACGAAGUCAAUUGUCGUGGUUAAAGAAACAGCUAACCAAUGCCAAAGAGGACUACCUACUGAUAGCUGGCCACUACCCUGUGUGGUCAAUAGCAGAGCAUGGACCUACCCAUUGCCUUGUAAGGCACUUGCAGCCUCUGCUGGUCAAGCACAAGGUCACAGCUUACCUAUGUGGCCAUGACCACAACUUACAGUACCUCAAGGACAAGGACGGCGUGGGCUAUGUGUUGAGUGGGGCAGGAAAUUUCAUGGACCCCUCGAAGAAACACCAACGUAAAGUCCCAGAUGGUUACCUGCGUUUCUACUAUGGGGCCCGAGAGUCCCUGGGUGGCUUCGCCUAUGUGGAGAUCACUCCCAAGGACAUGAGUGUCACUUAUAUUGAGGCCACAGGCAAAUCUCUCUAUAAGACAAGUCUGCCUCGACGAACAGUGUCGUAAACCCUAAUGGCCUUCAUUGCCAAGCACCUUCUCUCAUAUUUGGAACUUCUUGGAGAUAGUGGGAGCUCAUCAUACCACUCCCUAUUAUCUUUUAACUUCUUCCCUUCCACUUCCCACUCCUAGGGAGUCUCUGGGAAUCUAGCACUGAUAGGCUGGUCUUCCUUGGGGCUAGGAAAAUGCAAGAGGCUGACUCAUCAACCCUGCUCCUCCAAAAGGAUGUGUUGGCAGGUAGGUGAGAAUUGCCCAUUACUUAGAAGUAGAGUCCCACUUGAUUAGUCUAGGGUAUGGGCACAGGUUUACAAAGAACCUAAAAGAGUUUUUGGUCCAAGAGGCCAGCACUUAACACCAGCUGAUGGGAAUAUGCCAGUGUGGAUGAGGAACAAGCAUUUCUAAAGAGUAGUUUUCCACUCCUAUGUGAUUUUUAUCACUCCCAAUCCUGAUCUUAAGGAGAAAAUUGGGACAAAGAAGAGAACUUUCUUUCCAAAGAAGGAUAUUUUCUGUUGCUGCAUUUCAAUAAAAUAAUUGUUAAAGAGGCUAAA